UUUUUGCCCAGUAGCUGUGGAACCUGGUGUGGCCUAUAGCCUUGCUCUUACUGAGAUGCUUCAAGGGCUUGUUAAGACUGUGUGGGUCCCCAUGAAACCCUCCUGUACCCAGGUUUACCAGGAAAUCUGGGUAGAAAUGGGGUCAGUGACCUUCAUCCCUUAUUCAAUCAGGAGUGCUGAUAAAAGAAGUAAAGUGCUGGAAGGCUCCAGUCCUGCAGCUGCCCUGGGCCAUCACUACUUCUGAUUCCACUCAAGAUGAACGGUGCUAACCCAGCUAAACCUAAGCAGGCUGUGUUAGAUGGGAACAUGGAACAUUGCUGUAGACUUACCUAAGAACCCUUUACAGUGUGGCAUUAAUAAAUGUAUCUGAGAAGUGCCCCAC